CCUUGAAGGAUCUGACCAGCAUCGUGGAUGGUUUCAGAGCUCUUUAUUAACCAGUAUUGCAGCAACAGGAAUUGCUCCUUACUCAUGUGUUGUUACACAUGGGUUUGUACUUGAUGAAAAGGGUAUGAAAAUGAGCAAAUCUCUUGGUAACGUUGUUGAUCCUGAUGUUGUAAUUAGUGGAAGGAAAAACACAAAGGAUCAACCGGGUUAUGGAGCUGACGUUCUUCGUCUUUGGGUUUCAAGUGUUGACUACACUGGAGAUGUGUUGAUUGGCCCUCAAAUUCUCCACCAAAUGUCUGAUAUGUAUAGGAAACUACGUGGAACAUUGCGGUUUCUAUUGUCAAAUCUGCAUGAUUGGAAUGUGUUAUAG